UGUUCAGUCGUUGACUGAAGCUGAAGUGAAACGAAAUCUGUGCACGAACGUAUGCACCUAACCUUAGAAGAAACCUCUUUGUUUUGACAGAUGCACAAGAUAUACACCUCCCAAAAAAUUGUUAAUCUGCCAGUUCAAAGAUGACGUCUAUACCGAAGCAGCGUCAAGACGCUAGUAAAAUGAAGAAAAAAAUGAGCAAGGAACAGCUGCAGUUAGCCUUGGCAAAAAAGAGGCAGUGCAAUGCUAGAGCUUUGGUGAUUGUGGAACGUCUAAUUGAACCCGAAGUUGACCAGGCUUGGCUGUUAGAGAACCUGGCGCACAUUAAUCGAGAUCAUAUGGAUGAUGUUGUUGAAGAAAGAGCGAUAGUAAAGCGAUGUGGCUAUCCUCUCUGUGACAAUCAAUUAAAGGCAAAUAUAACUCAGCGAUAUCACAUAUCCACCAAGAGCAACAAAGUAUACGAUGUCAGCAGAAGAAAGAAUUUCUGCAGUAACAACUGUUAUGGAGCUGGAAAUUAUAUUUCCGAACAACUUCUCACCAGCCCCCUGUGGCUCAGAGAUCCCAAGGACAAGCCUGUCUUCCAGCUACUUUCUGUUUCCAGAUUAGCUCAGAAUUCUAUACCCGGUGAUGAAAUAGAUCUGGGCAGAGAAAAUAUCAUCCUUGAUCCUAAUAGAUUAUCCAAGAACUCUAAAGACCACACACUUGCAUCAAAUAAUGAUAUAACCAAGGAUGCAAAGCAAGAAGACUUAGACAACAGUAUUCCUGAAACGGAGCUCGGAAAAUAUAAAGAAAGUACAAUUACACCAGCCAUAGACUCUGACGAAUUAAUUUCAACAGUAGUUAAGCCAGAAUCUACAGAUGAAAAGGAUAAAAAUGAUGGCUUAGUUAUUGAACGUGAUAUGAAAUUGCUAAAAAAUAUUCCUGAAACCGUUCCAUAUCAAAAUAAACCGCGAAAUCAACUAGGAAAAAAACACGAAAUCAAGAAGAACUUUGACCCGAAUUGGUUGGUGGAACGAAUUGAAUAUUAUCUGCGAGAAUGGAUCACCCUGGACUCUUUAGUUCUGUUAUUAGGAGAUACGGCUAUUAAAAAACAAAAAAUUGACGAAAUGUCCAGGGAAUUUGCUGGCGACGAAUUGCAGAAAAAAUAUAUCCAGCUAGGCCAAAAAAUAAAUUCGCUGCAAAUAGAUCCUGACAGUGAAGAGGAUGAGGAGAAGAGUGAGUCAGAUCUCAAGCCGCUUCCGAAUUACGAGAUUCUCAAAGAAGAAGGGAAAAAACUGGAAAUCAAGGUAAAGGCAUUCUUUGAAGGACGCACCUCAAUAGAAACGGUAGCAUCGGGAACGAACGAAGCUGCUGCCCAGCAAGCGGACGAUUCUGCUACCUAUUUACCUACUCUUGGUGAACGAGAUCCCAAAUCUCUGAGACGCCGUAUAAUUUUAGAAAAGCUCAACAAAGUUUUGCCUGAAAUGAUGCGGACCUUAGCUGGCGGGGAUUUCGUGGUUCACGAAUGUAUCAGCAGCAACGGAUGCGGUAAAGCUGUGAAAGCUCUCGUAAAUACAUUUUCACUGUCGGCUAGCAACGUAAAUCCAAAGCCUGCAGAGUGGAACCUCUUGAGCCUUGUUUUUAUAAAAUUAUUGAGCAUCUCCGAGCCUCGAAUCAGGUUCCUACUAAACACCGAACGCGCUUCAAAAUACGUGACUAUGAUUCUCAUGUCGUACAACUUGGAGUCGAACUACCUGGAGACACUUGUAGCCACGGUGACCAAUCCAGAUUCUCAUCAUAUCAAAAAAGAAAAGGAAAACGACAAUUAAAAAGAACAGUAAAAUUUAAUAACGACAAUGUUUGUAACUUAUUAUGACAAUCAAAUAAAUUGUGUUUGUGCAUACAUAAA